GUGGAAAUUUUGACUUGGUAGUGGAGUUUAUGGUGGCGUCAGCCAUUCCUGAGGAGGAUUGGGUUACUUGGCUUGAGGUUGGGGAACUCAGACUUGUAUUUUGAAAUAGUGUCUAAGGUGCAAGUGGAAUUGGAACGUGGCAGUGUUUGAGACUUGGCAGAGCUCAGCACCAUGUCCGGGAUGAGGAUAUAACACUGAUAUCCUGGGUCUAGCCUCUGGAGCCGUGGUGUGUGAGGCAGAGCCGAAGUGAGUCCCAAGGAGGCACCACUGGCAGGGGCAGGGGACACUCUGGAGCGACCAGUUCUGUAGCCACUGGUAAAAGGUAGCUACUUUGCAAGGUGGCCAUGACACAGCAGCCCCAGAAGGACACAGAACCUUCUCCCACCCUUGCUGUGAGCAGCAGCCCUGCACCCACUCUUCUCCUUGGACCUGACCCUGAGCACUAAAACCUGAGCACGUCCAGGAACCAGUGCCUUGUGAGCAGCCUACAGAAUGGUGAGGGAACACCUCUGCAGCCCCUGGACACGAGAACCUUGUGAUUGGAGUAGAGUGGCACCCCACAAACAUCCAGGUCCUGCCCAGCGUGCAGUCUGAUGCCCAUCCAGCCCUUUGACCACCGGGAAUGGAAUGAGCCUAUGCACUCCCUCCGGAUCAGUGUCGGGGGCCUUCCUGUGCUGGCAUCCAUGACCAAGGCCACAGACCCUCGCUUCCGCCCCCGCUGGAGGGUGAUCCUGACGUCCUUUGUGGGUGCUGCCCUCCUCUGGCUGCUCUAUUCCCAUCAUCAGGCCCCAGUACCGGGCAGGUCCCCCACCCACAAUGCACACAGCCGGAGGUUCAACCCGGAGCACGUCUCUCACUACAAUGACACCUAUCCCCUGUCACCCUCCCAGAGGACUCCAGGUGGGAUCCGGUACCGAAUCGCAGUCAUCGCUGACUUGGACACGGGGUCCAGGGCCCAGGAGGAAAACACUUGGUUUAGUUACCUUAAGAAAGGCUACCUGACCCUGUCGGACAGUGGGGACAAGGUGACCGUGGAGUGGGAUAAAGACCGUGGGGUCCUGGAGUCCCACCUGGCAGAAAAGGGGCGGGGCAUGGAGCUCUCUGACCUGAUCGUCUUCAAUGGGAAACUGUACUCUGUGGACGACCGCACGGGGGUCAUCUACCAGAUCGAGGGCACCAGACCAGUGCCCUGGGUGAUCCUUUCUGAUGGCGACGGAACCGUGGAGAAGGGCUUCAAAGCUGAGUGGCUGGCUGUGAAGGACGAGCACCUGUACGUGGGUGGCCUGGGCAAGGAGUGGACCAGCACCACAGGGGAGGUGAUGAACGAGAACCCGGAGUGGGUGAAGGUGGUCGGCCACAGGGGCAACGUGCAGCACGAGAACUGGGUAUCCAGCUACAAUGCUCUGAGAGCUGCCGCUGGGAUCCAGCCGCCAGGCUACCUCAUUCACGAAUCCGCCUGCUGGAGUGACACACUGCAGCGCUGGUUCUUCCUGCCACGCCGGGCCAGCCACGAGCGCUACAGCGAGCGGGCGGACGAGCGCAAGGGCAGCAACCUCCUGCUGAGCGCAGCCCAGGACUUCAAGGACAUCGCCGUGAGGCGCGUGGGGGAGCUGGUCCCCACUCACGGCUUCUCAUCCUUCAAGUUCAUCCCCAACACGGACGACCAGAUCAUCGUGGCUCUCAAGUCAGAAGAGGACAGUGGCAGGAUUGCCACCUACAUCAUGGCCUUCACGCUAGAUGGCCGCUUCCUGCUUCCAGAGACGAAGAUCGGCAGUGUCAAGUAUGAAGGGAUAGAAUUCAUCUAGAUGAGUAAGUUCGCAUGCCCAGCAAGGUGAGGGCGCGUGGCCUGAGCCACACCAGGACUCGAUUCCAUAAAAACAGAGGAACGCACUUUGGCUUGUUUGGUGAUUUCUUUCUUUUUUUUUUUUUUUUAACUGAGCUGGGUGUCUGGAUAGAGAUUUCCAGAGCAAGGGCAGGCGGGGGUCCAGGACAGGAGCAGCAGGGCCUCGCCCACCCAUGCCUCACUCUGCACUGCCACCUUGUGGUAGGGAUUGGUCACUGCUUCAGGUACCUGAGCCCCUGGCCACAAAAUCCAGCCACGCCCCUCCUUCCCUCCAUCUCUUUCCUGGCCUCUUGCCUUUCCCUGGGUUCUCUGGCCAGUACGUGUCUGAGGUGGCCAGGUGUUGAGUCCUAGCCUCACCCUGGGAGUUUGAGGUGGGCCUGCCAGAUAGGCACCCUAAGGCACCCACCCCUCUUCCUCCUAGGUGACCCUGGCAUUCCACACUCUGCAGACCUCUGGAAAGUAAAUGUUUACAAGGCAGAGCAAGGGCCCCACCCUUGGGCCACACCUGCCCACACUUCUGAAGCCGCCUCUGCCGAGCACAGGGUUCCUGCUGCCCAGGGCCGAGGCCGCCUUCCACCCCUCGGGAGGGGUCUGGCCGUUCAGCCCUUUGACUUACUAACUUAUUCAAGUAAUUUCCUUUCCUGUAGAACAGUCGCCAAACCUCCUCACACAGCAAAGGUGGAGUUUCCACACCUCCCAGCGGCGAGGGAGGGAAUCGUCCCCACAGCCGCAAUGGCGACACUGUCUUUUACAGAAAGGGACUCUGGAUCCUUGGCCUCUGCCUUCUAGCAACUUCAAAAGCUGCCAUGUCUCCCCUCCGGCAGUGGCCGAGGGAGGGCUCUGGUUCCCGCAGGCCGGCCCCUGACUAGAGGCCAUCCUUGUUGUCCCCUGCAUCUCCUGCUGGCUCCCAGCGAGCGUUGAGCAGCCUUCUCCGGGGAGCCUCACUGUUGUCUGCUCUCCUCCUGUCCAUGCUCGACACCAGAGGCCGCAGAGUCGGGGUCGGAGGUUGUCCUUAGGGGCGGCCACCUCAUCAUCCUGCGACAGACACCCUUAGGACAGAGGCCCUGAUAACCCUCACAAAGCACUUCCACUGGGAGGCCAGGAGGGCCACUGCCCCGGGGGUGACUCCCACUUGGCAGCCUGCUGCUGACUCGUGAUGGUGACACCUUUGUGUGCUCUCUGAUUUCCGCUGGAGCUCAGCCAUUCCUCUGAUGGUUGUCAACUGUGUCAGAGUGCGUGAUUCUAAACUGGAAGGAGAAAUGAGGGAGCCCGAGAGAGGCCUAGGGACCCUCACCAGAGAGACAGUGUGGACCUGGGACGGACGGACGGGCAGCCUUCACACCCCUUCCUUCCCUGGACAUCAGCGUAGAGAGUGUGUCCUUCCCUCUGUCCAUUUGUUCUGUCAGCAAUAAAGUGUCAGGGGAAUGUG